AUGGUUAGUGCCAUCUUGGCCUCUGCCCUGUUCAGGAUCGGCCUACCAGCAGUUCUCCUCGCGGGCACUCUAGUCCGCUACAACAUCUUCUCUUUCUUCUAUUUGCUUUUAUUACUCGUGUCGCCACUCUUGUCCGGACCCUCAAAAAGAGAGCCGCUACCAGCUCGAACAAAAUACUAUCUUCUGACUGUGGUCAGUGUAUCCGCGCUGUUUUGCGUGUCUCACAUUGUCUACCAAAUAGUGUUACUAUCAACUCAUGCAUACGAAGGCACAGAACCGAGUUACUGCGGAUUGGAACAGCGACUAUAUACGCUUUUCGGACUGCACCGUCUCAACGGGAUCUCGUUUAUGGAUUGCGUUCGGCUUCUCCUGACGGACUUUGCCGUUUUGCUGUUUUCUACGCUGGUAUACGUGCUAUGCGACAAGCUAGAUCAACAGUUUCUUCGAGAACGCAAUGGCGCACAUUCGCCGCUGUUGGGAUCGGUCAGACAGAACAAAUACUUCGGGAGAUCGGAUCUUUUGUCACUACUGGGAGAAUUGGUCGUCCUCCUGACGAUGGCGUCAGCAGGGAUCUCCCAUGCUUCGAUGUUCUCAUUGGUAUACUUUCUCGCCUUCCUCGGGGUCGCGACGUGGUUAGGUUGCUCUAAGGGCCUAGGCGUCGGCUAUCGGAGCCUGCGAACUUUUUUGAUGAUUUUCGCCGCCUUCCACUUCAUUGCGCUCUACAUAUAUCAGUUCGACUAUUCACAAGAAUUCAUCGAAGCCGAUGGUCUCAACGCCAGACUCGUCGGUUUCAUCGCUCUUCGUGUACCGGCUUGUAACUCGUCAUCGGCGGACGCUCUCAUCCCCGAUGUUCGGGACCUGAUAUUCUACGACAGAAACUGGACGCUCUUCAUCCACCCGCUUUCGGUUCUUGUGUUCUAUUUCACCGCGUGCACCAUGACACGUUACGUGGGUGUCUUCCAGCUGCCGAACGUACCGGCAGCUGCCGUCGCUCGAAGAUUGGGUAAAAGAUCGCAGUCCCUGUUUCCUUCGGGUGAGUCGAAGAGAGGCUCUCAGAGGAGCCACACUUCGGCUGCAUUACGUCGACGAAGGAGCGAACGGCCUGAUUCCAACUUGCUGGAGAAUGAACAAAGGAACUACGAAAGCAUCAGUCCAUCGCAUCGGACCCUCACCGUCGACGCUCCCGGGAGCUCAGUUUGGCACUCGGGAGCGGCAGAUGAAAACGGUGGUGGUCAAGAAAAUUCACACGCUUCGCAAUUGCAAUCGCAGCAGAGUCGGAACUGUAGCAGUAGUCUCGCGGGUAGAUGGCGUCAGCUGUAUGCAGUCCUGCAGCACUUUGUCGCGUUUCUCCUCAAGGGGAGCUACGUCAUCACUUUAAUCAUCAUGAUGGCGUGGAGUAUCACAUACCAUAGCUGGUUGACCUUCAUCUUACUCUUCUGGUCGUGUCUUUUAUGGAUGAUGCCGAAUUCACGUCAGGCCUGUCUCAAGAACUCGCCCGCCCUCGUCCUGUACGCUGAGAUCUUGCUUAUAUUCCAAUUCAUCUACUCGCUCGAUUUGACCGAUCAGGAACUGCCGACGCACAUCGGCAAAAUCAAUCUCAAUCAAGUCGGUUUCGUCAAGCACGGAACGAACAGCUACAGACAUUUGGGAACAAAGAUUCUCUACACGGUGGUGUUCUGGCUGACGCUAAAACAGUACGUCGAGCAGAAGCGAGAGAUGAGACGUCAAGAGCAAGACGAAGUUCGUGAAGUCACUCAGCAACGAGGGUCAACGUCAACGGCUCUCGUCGGUACUAACCUCCACAUGAAGAAGCUCGGCCAACUCUGCAGGAAUAUACUCGUGCGCUUAUGGAUAUGGGUUGUAGCCGUGAUGCUGUUCGUAAUAUCGCUCGGUGGUGACCGAGUGGUCCUGUACCGGAUAGUCUACAUGGUCCUAUUCCUCUUCUUCAUCCUUAUAUACCAGUUUUCGUAUCGGAUCUGGAUCAAAGUUAUGUACGGAUUUCUCUUGACCGUCAUCAUCUAUUCGAUGAUGGUCCUGAUUUUGAUAUACACGUACCAGUUUGAAAACUUCACCCACUAUUGGGAAGUCCAUCUUCACAUUUCACGGGAGAUGCAGCAGGAUAUCGGUCUGGAACUAUACGAUUCAGAUCCGGGAUCGCUUUUGCUCAAACUUUUGACACCGACAAUAUUCCUGAUCGUGACCAUCAUCCAACUGCACUACUUCCACAAAGAUUUCAUUCGGCUGAACAUGGAAGCCUACCGAGGAGAUCGAGCACCUCUGACCGAUUCCACAGUGUCGAGUCCCACGGUGGACAACAGAACCGUCAUUCAUAUUGACGAAGUGACGGACGACGACAGUCCAGAGCCUCCCACCCCGGACACCGUGAUCUCGAAGGAGAGGUUCAAUGGCAGCAAAAUAGAGCAACAGGGUGAUGAGUAGAUCUUAAUAGAAGUUAACACCUUGAUUCUAGCUGCGCAUAAAAGUCUCGCUACAAUGAACAACGUUCCUGCAGAAGCCAAACUGACAAAGAUGCUGAAGCUGGAAAAACUCAAAAUAUAUCUCAGCGAAUUCGAGCGAGUCGUCUGGCGACUGUUGGAGAUUCACUUGGCGAAGAUAAUGUUCCUCGCCGUCUUCCUGCUCUGCGUAUACGACGUUUGCGCCGUGCACAUACUUUACAUGGCUCUAGUAGUUGUCGCACUUCCGUUGCGUAGCCUCCAUCAAUUCAUGGCACACUGUUGCGCACUGUGGACGGCGAUUCUCCUCGUGUCGAAGAUGAUCUAUCAACUGAAAUUCGUCGAUAGUAUCGGUUGGGAAACCAAGUGUGAUAGCGUCUACGGUCUGAACUCCACCGGUCCCUUCCCGUUCCCGUUCAACACUGUCAUCGACAACAGGGAAUGGAUCGGAUUCACGAAAACGGACCACUUGACAAGUUACUGUAAAGGUUACAUCGCACUGAUCACUUUAUUCACCUUGAACGCCAUGGUGAAAACCCAUCAAUGGUUCGAUCGGCACCUCAGAGCAGCUCCGGAACCGCCCCUAGGCGUCGUUUGGCCAGGAGUUACUCGCAGGAUGGCCGACCAGGAUUUCACCAGUUGCUUCAAGUUUCUAGUCAAUUACACGUUCUUCAAGUUCGGUAUCGAGAUUUGUCUCGUUACCAUGGUCGGCUGCAUCGGAUUCCGUCUGGACGUUUACGCCCUUGUUACAGCCUUUUGGCUCUGCUGCAUGUUUCUUCUGCGGAGGAAUACUCUAGCGCGAGUAUGGCCAUUCUAUGUGAUCUACCUCUGUAUUGCGAUACCUCUGCAAUACCUCGUGUCGGUCGGCUUGCCCCCAGGGCUGUGUAUCGAGUAUCCUUGGUACAGCGAGAAUGAAAAAAUGAAAGAAGCUGUCGAAUGGCUGUUCCUACCAGACUAUAGGAAUCGCUCUUCACAUCGCAAAAUUCUUGUCGACUGCCUGCAACUGAUCGUAUCGUGCAGUCAGCUGAUCGUGUUCAACACAGAAGCCGCAGAGGGUGCUGCUCACCCCGCCGGGAGUAAUAGCGAGAUCUAUGAUCCCAAGGGUGAUUAUAUCGGCGAAAGACCGAACCCCGUGCCGAGAUUCAUCGGCGACAAAGCAUACUUCAAUCGUGUGAAAACUGGCGUCCUGUUCCUUUUCUACUGGAUUACCUUGGCGGUCAUGUAUCUCGCUGGAACGAACCGGAUAUCGCUAUUCGCCCUCUUCUAUAUCUUGGGUUGUUUCUUCUUCCUCUGGAACGGCAACGAGUUCUAUCUGAAGCCAAUCAAGACACUUCUGAGCUGGUGGAAUUCCCUCAUGGCAUUCAACGUUACUGUGAUCCUCAUGAAGUGCAUACUGCAGGUUCUCGGCUGUGUUUAUCUACAGGAAAUGGCAUACAACGCCUGCUGGCUGGUGCAGCUGCUAGGGAUAGCAUGUCUCAAGAAAGUUGGUCCGAAGAAAACUUCGAUGUACAACACAAUUGUUGCGGAAUGCAACGUUCCCACCGCAGAAGCGGGUCUGCUGUGGGACGGCAUUUGUUUCGGAUUCCUCCUGCUACAAAGGAGGCUCUUCACCUCAUACUAUUUCCACCAUUUGAUUAUCGAGAUCUUGGCGCAGCAAGAACUCAGCUCGCGGGGAGCUGAGGUCAUUCACUUCUUGCAAAUGGAAAAAGUCAAACAGCAGCGCGAGGAAGAACAUGAAAUCAUGGAAAAGAUCCGCAUGAAGAUGGAUCGCAUUCGAGAAAACCAGCGGAAGCAGCGUGAGGGCGAAUACGUCGAACCAGAAACUCACGUUCAAGCCAUUCGAUCCGGAGAUUACGAUCUCUUUGAGGAUAAUUACGAGCUGGAACCUCUGGACUUGAACGUGAAAUCGUCGAAAGAAGAAUCGGCUGAUGACUUUGAUGUCAAGACCAAGGGUUUGAACGCUGUGCUGUCGAACAUGAUCAAAGGAUCGACUGCUCUCCGAGCCCGAGCUCGCACCGAAACUGGCGAAGAUAUCGGUGAUUCUUCCGGAAUGAGCGCCAUCAUAUCGAUAGAUCGCACGAUGCGAUCUCAAACCCAUUCUCAGGCUUCCACCUCCUUCAAAUGGGAGGUUAUCGGUGGCUCAAGGCUCCUAGGUCCUCUCCAGGUAUACAGACAAGCGGCAGAGUGUUGGAUUUUCCAAGCGUCCGAACUAAUACCUAAUUUGUUCGUUGAUCCGAUUCCGUCGACAGUAAUUACUCGGCCUGCAACCUCAACACCAUCGACUCAACGGGAUGCUCCUAGCUUCGAUGUCACCGAUACUAGGAGCGCGGUCUCCCCUAGAGGUCCAACUCAGAGCCCGAUUCCGCCGAUCAAUGCGGAUGGGGAACCCAUGGGCGAUGUUGAAGAAGGCCCAAAACUCACAUGGCAGGAAAAACUGGCCAAGUACAUCGAGAUCACCAGAACGCUCAUCGAUAGUAUGUUGGUCAGCGCAACGGCUAAACUGCACUCGUUUUCGGGAGGCUAUCGUGAAGUAGCGAAGCUGCUGGACAAGGACAAGGAGCUCGUCAAGCAGAGAUACCCUGAUGGAUUAGCCAUUCUGACCGAGGAAUACCAAGCACGAAUGCCGAGGGCGCCCAUGUACAGGCCGUCGAGUCAGGAGGGACUUGCCCAGGAGUUACUGCAGAUCAAGAAGGACCUGAGCGAGGAAGCUUUGGCAGAGUUCGCGGAGAAGCGAGAACCUCUCGUCGCGCAGUUCCUCAAUGCGUUGGUAUACGCGUUCUACGCACGCACGGAAAUCGUCUGCUAUCUAGGAAUAGUCUACAAUCAGAUCUGCACAGCGACUCUGCUCUCGCUCCCGCUACCGUUGAUGGUGUUCCUGUGGGGCUCACUAUCCGUCCCCCGGCCAUCGAAAACAUUCUGGAUCACGAUCAUCACCUACACGGAAGCAAUCGUAGUCGUCAAGUAUCUGUUCCAGUUCGACUUUUUCAAAUGGGAUUCGAACUCCUACAAGACCGCGUUCGAUCCGCCGAAAAUGUUGGGCAUCGAAAAACGCAGCGACGACUCAAACUACGCCCUGUACGACCUUAUGCUGCUGUUUCUGGUGUUCCUGCAUCGAUUCGUCCUCAAGAGCCUGGGUCUAUGAAAGACACGGAUCGAAGCUUCAGCGACGAGACGGCAACGCUUCCAGCGCCGAAAGAAACCGAAGAACAGAGAUCCCGACGACACCUUCUCGGACACAGAUUACGUGUCCGAUGAUGAAUGCGGAGAUGACGAAGAAGGUGAAGAUACCGGAGACUCCGCUUUGAUCAAAACGAGCUCCCUGUUCGCAAGCAUGCAACAUUACUUGACUCCGUUCAAGUCAUUCUUCAAAAACCUCCUACAUCCCCCGUAUCAAGUUGCUGUUGACGUUUACGCGUGGAUGUUCUUCUGCGACUUCUUCAACUUUCUCGUCAUGGUCUUCGGGUAUUGGGCGUUCGGCACCGGCGGUAGGGAGGAGGGCGUGACAGCAUACUUCGAGAAAAACGAGGUCCCUAUACCAUUCCUCAUAAUGCUGCUGUUCCAAUUCGCCCUAAUCGUAAUCGACCGGGCCCUAUACCUCAGAAAAUACAUCGGUGGCAAACUCAUCUUCCAACAUCUCAUCGUGGUCGUCAUCCACGUCUGGAUGUUCUUUGUCUUACCGGCAAUAAGUCAGACAGGCUUCGCCGAGAAGAACAAUUUGCCACCGAAAUUGUGGUACUUAACGAAAUGCAUCUACCUCCUUCUGUCCGCCUACCAAAUCAGAUGUGGAUACCCUACCCGAAUUCUCGGAAACUUCUUCACGAAGAAGUACAACUACUUAAAUUAUUUCCUCUUCAAAGGCUAUAUGAUGGUGCCAUUCCUCUACGAACUGCGAAGCUUGAUGGACUGGAUAUGGACCGACACUAGUAUGGUCCUGGUAAAUUGGUUCAAAAUGGAAGACAUAUUUGCCAAUAUAUUCAUGUUGAAGUGCCAACGUCGUGCCGAAGAAGAGUACCCGACUCCUCGAGGCUCGAAACGGUCUUCGCUCAUCAAGUACGGCAUGGGAGGAACCUUAUUAUUCCUGAUCAUCCUCAUAAUAUGGUUCCCGUUAUUGCUCUUCUCCCUCGGCAACACUGUGGGCCACUCCCUGCCCCCACAAGAAUGCCAGAUUCAAUUGAGCAUCGGCGGCUACGAGCCGCUGUUCACCAUUUCGGCCCAGAAAAACAAUGUUCAACAGAUCUCCAGCACGGCUUUCGACGCACUCUACCGUGCGACGAAAUUCCAUGCAAAAGCUCAAAACUUUCUCAACAAUUACGUCCAAUCUGACGUGGUCGUUGCGAUGCUGAACGGAAAUUCCACUGCCGUAUGGAGCAUAUCGCCGCCUUCGCAAGAAGCGCUCCGGAGAGAUCUGCUCAACAUGACAACAAAACUAGAGCUCAAGAUGAAACUCACCUUCUACAGGGAGAAGAACGAUUCGGACGCUGAUCCGACGACAACGCUGGAGGUGCGCAAUACACUCGAUGACAAGGUCGCUCGGGACCAGAUGGCGGCGAUGUUAGCCAAGGAUGCAAAGAAGGCGAACGAUGCCCGCAAGGAAGCUAUUUUGCCCGAGCUGCUACCUACGUACAUCAAAGUUCCGAGAAAGGGUCCUGCAGAGAAAGCUUCAGAAUUGAACGAGCUGAAUCUCGAUAAGGCAAACCCUGAUCCAACCGGCCUGCGAAACCUCAGUGUCCAGUUGUUGUACAGUGAGCCGAACUCGACGCUGCAAGGUGAAUGGUGGGAAGUUCAAUCUAAGCCUUGCACGAAGGAUGGUCCUUACCCGUACCUACCGUAUCCCGACGUAUGUCGGUACUUGACGGUGGUCGUCUUCGCUGACAAAGUCUUCCCUCAAGCACUCUCAACAGUUUCAUCAUAUGGUAUCGUGGGACUGUAUACUACAUUCGUGCUCUUGGUCUCCCGCUUCCUCCGAGGAUUCAUUGCAAACACUUCAACGCGAAUAAUGUUUGACGACAUGCCCAAUGUCGACCGUGUCCUGCAGCUCUGCAUGGAUAUCUAUCUGGUACGAGAAUCCAAGGAACUCGCGCUCGAAGAAGACCUUUUCGCGAAACUCGUUUUCCUCUAUCGGUCACCAGAAACUCUCAUAAAGUGGACCCGAAUGGUGCCUCAGCAAUCGAGUCCACCGCAGAACCGAGGAGGCGAGAGACCACCGAGAGCAGAAAGGGAGCCCCAUCAGCCACAAGGGGAGGCGCGUCUGCGGAGACCACUGCCUACUCAACAACAGUGAUUGCCUUCAAACAAAAAAUCAGCAAUCAUGAUGAUGGAUAGAGCUAGUCAGAUGAAGUGUAUAUAUGGGAUGGUUGAGAAUGUGUGUAUAUUAAAUUUAGCGAAAGCUGUCAU